GGUUAUGUUGUUAAAAAAAAAAUAACUGAACGCUCUUGCUCCUGGUUAGUGUUAGCAUCUGUUAGGUACUACCUUUUUAUUUCAAAUACAUUAUUAUUUCACAUAAGAGAAUUCCCGUUGUUGGAGUUUGGUAGUCACAGCUACUUGUAGAAAUUGGCGAAUACAAUAUGCAUACAAACGGAGCGGUUGCGAUGGACGUGAUGCAAGCGUGUUGCUGCUGCCUGCGGUGUCCCCCGGACAAAGACCUGACGACGCCGCACACACAUCUCGGCAAAACGGAGAUAUAUGCCGACAUGAUCAAGGAGUGUUUCGAUAUUCAAUUGCAGCUGGCAGUGGGCGGCUCGGGCUCUAGUGGCAUCUGCUGUACGUGCGUGGGCCGCCUGCGAGACGCGAGCGACUUCAAGCUGCAAGUGCAGCGCAGCCAGGCGGAGCUGCAGGCGCGCUCGCAGGGAGCGAGCCUCGUCAAAGAAGAAGAAUCUGCGGUUGAGUAUGAUAACCCAGAAAUGCAGGAUACAGGAGAGACUUGUGUGUCGGAGCUAGGUGAAGAGCCCGCGGUCAAGCCGGAGAUGCUGGAUGAAGACACACCUGAGGAGAUAUUGCAUGAAGAGUUCACAGUCAAGUCGGAGGCGUCGGCCGAAGACGAUGAGAUGUCGCAUGAAGAAUCUGCAGUAGAAUAUGAACACGCAGAAAUGCAGGACACAGAUGAGUCUUGUGGGUCCGAGCCAGGUGAAGAGCCCGCGGUCAAGCCGGAGAUGCUGGAUGAAGACGCACCUGAGGAGAUAUUGCAUGAAGAGUUCUCUGUCAAGCCGGAGCCGGCGGCCGAGGACGAUGAGAUGUCGCUGUGUUCGGACGGCAGCGCCCGCGCCAGGGAGCAGCUCGCGAUGGCUUGCUCCGUGGUGCUCGAGCGCCUCCGCGACGACGCGACUGCUCACAGCUGGGCCAAACCAAUCGCCUGCGAACACUGUGGCGAACGUUUUAGAAACGAAACUAUCUUAAGGAAACACAUUCAAGAGACACACUUGCCGCCAGCGCCCAAACAAUUUGCUUGUGAUUUUUGUAGUGCUACAUUCCAAACUGAAUCACUUAUUUUAGAGCAUAAAAAAAUCGAACAUGGUGUCACGAAUUUCAUGUGCGCUCAUUGUGAUUAUUCAACAAUAUCCAAGAGAUGUUUGCGAGCUCAUUUAAAAAGUUCAAAAGGUUCAAAAGGGUGA